GCAGGUCUGGAGCGUUGCAGCACAGAGAGGACUCCUCACCUCCAGACUCCUUGGCGCAUUAUUCAUACACUCAUACAGUCAUACAGUUAGUGUCCUGUGCUGUGUGGCUCCUCCCACGCACUCAUUAAAUGUCCGCGCGGCGCUCCGGCGUGCUGCAGUUGACGGUAGCCGUGUCAGAGGAGCUGUAGGGUCGGACUGUAUCAUCCUGACAGACAGCAAGCAAACAUCUGAGUGCUUUUCUUUUCGGACACCCUCUCCAUCUCCAAAAAAGCCUCAGAUAUGAAGACCAUUCUUGCUGCCUACUCUGGCGUCCUCAAAGGCACCGGCUCCAGCAUCCUCUCUGCCCUGCAGGACCUGUCUGUGACUUUCUGGCCCUGCAGAUCCAAGAUGGAGAAACAACUGCAGGUGAUCUCGGUGCUACAGUGGGUCAUCAGCUUCUUAGCGUUGGGUGUUGCCUGUACUCUGCUACUGAUCUACAUGUUCUGCACUGACUGCUGGCUGAUUGCUGCCCUUUACACUGCCUGGCUCAUCGUAGACUGGAACACACCAAAACAAGGUGGCAGGAGGUCCUCUUGGGUGAGAAACUGGACAGUGUGGACGUAUUUUCGAGACUACUUCCCGAUCAGGCUAAUUAAAACCCACAACCUGCUGCCCAGCCGGAACUACAUCUUUGGCUACCAUCCCCACGGCAUCUUCUGUUUCGGUGCUUUCUGCAACUUUGGGACAGAAGCAACAGGCUUCUCUAAGAAGUUCCCUGGCAUCAAGCCCUCCCUGGCAACCCUGGCGGGAAACUUCCGGCUGCCUGUCCUGCGAGACUACCUGAUGUCUGGAGGUAUCUGUCCAGUGAACAAAAACUCUAUCGACUACCUGCUGUCGCGUAACGGGACAGGAAACGCUGUGGUCAUCGUCGUUGGAGGAGCAGCAGAGUCUCUGCAGUGUGCACCAGGCCUGAAUUCUGUCACCCUGAAGAACCGCAAGGGCUUUGUGAGGCUGGCCCUGCAGAAAGGCUCUGACCUGGUCCCCGUCUAUUCCUUUGGAGAGAACGAUGCCUACAAGCAGGUGAUCUUCGAGGAGGGGACCAUCUGGAGGAGUAUCCAGAAGAGGUUACAGAAGAUCCUAGGCUUCGCCCCGUGCCUUUUCCAUGGAUGUGGCCUCUUCUUCGGCAACACCUGGGGCAUCGUGCCUUAUGGCAACCCCAUCACCACCAUAGGCAAGUUUGUCUGCUAAUAUUUUGUUAGAUCAGGGUUAUCUUUAAUUCUGUCACACAAAUAUUCUGCUAUUUUAGUGCUUUACUUCAGAACGGGCAAAGUCUGUGUUUGCUUGGUCCAACUAAAAUAAAAUACAUCUCAAUACAUUAGAAUAAGAUGGAAAAGUCCAUUUUCAGUAGUUCAAGUCAAAUAGCCCCAACCAAGUAUUGAGUCAUAUAGAUGGACAUACUGUGAGGCCAACUUUUUCAGAAUAAACAUACUUUUAAAAUUGGUCUUCUGUAAUAUAAUAUUUUUGAGACACUGACUUUUAGGUCUUCAUUAAAUGUAAGCCGUAAUCAUUAUAAUUAGAAGAAAUUAAAUAAAUGAAGACAUGAAAUGUUUAAUUCUGUGUGUAAUGGAUCUAUAUAAUGUGUUAUUUCCACUUUUUGAAUUGAAUUACUGAGAUAAAUAAACCUUUCUAUUAUAUUCUAGUUUAUUGAGAUGCACAUGUAUGUUUCUCAGUGCUGGAAGAAGCUUUCAGAUCCUUUAACUUCAACUUAAACAAUUCAAGUAGCAUUUAUUGCAAUAACUCGCCAAAGUGGAGACUACUUUAACUACUUUAUAUACUUUUCGGCCAUUUAAUUUACUAAAAUGCUUGUUGAAAUCGUAUUUAACCCAUACUGGGCCGGAUAAUAAAUGCAGUAUUUUGCUCUGACAUGUAGCUGAGUAAAAGUUAUAUCAGUUAUAUAAGAUCUAUAUAAUGUGUUAAUUCCACUUUUUGAAUUGAAUUACUGACAUAAAUUAACUUUUCUAUGAUAUUCUAAUUCAUUGAGAUGCACCUGUAUGUUUCUCAGUGCUGGAAGAAGCUUUCAGAUCCUUUAACUUCAACUUAAACAAUUCAAGUAGUCUCCGCUUCGACCAGUUAAUGCAAUAAAUGCUACUUUAACUAUUUUAUAUACUUUUCAGUCAUUUAAUUUACUAAAAGGCUUGUUGAAAUCGUAUUUGACCCAUACUGGGCAGGAUAAUAAAUGCAGUAUUUUGCUCUGACAUGUAGCUGAGUAAAAGCAUAAAGUUAUAUAAGUUAUAUUAGAUCUAUUUAAUGUGUUAUUUCCACUUUUUGAAUUUAAUUACUGACAUAAAUAAACUUUUCUACGAUAUUCUAAUUUAUUGAGAUGCACCUGUAUUAAUCCUGUCCUGUUUUGUUACAGUCGGGGAGCCAAUCACAGUGCCAAAAGUAGAGAAUCCAUCCGAGGAGGUGGUGGAUCUGUACCAUUCAAUGUACGUCAGGUCCCUCCAGUGCCUUUUUGACAAGUACAAGACCCGCUUCGGCCUGAAAGAGAGCGACGUCCUGUACAUCGAGUGAAAGGACACGGGGGCCCUGUUGACGCUCUGAACUGUGACAGCAUCUUCAGACCCCUCCGCCCCCUUCUCCACCCCGUCCCUGUCCAAUCUUGGUGCCCUGUUUGGAUUGUCUCUGGACUGCAAACUGUAAACACGAGCACGUUUGCUGAAGAAACCUUUGCUCUCUGCAUUGUUCCACACACAUACACACACAUACGGACAUAGUUCCUUCUCAGGAAAUGGCAGGUUUGAAGAAUAGUCAUCUGUCUUUGCUGCUGUAUUAAACCGCCUCUGCUGGAAAGUUAAACUAAAUCCCACUUAAGCAAAGUGUGUUUCCAAAUCUGAAUGAAUACAUCAAGUUUGGGCCAAACUAUCAGUGUAGAGGGGGGUGAGCUCCACUAGAUGGGGCUGGGAGGUAACAUGCAGGACUUAAGAGAAGUGCCAAUGCUUUUGCUGUCUUUUGCUCAUGCAGCCAUGUAAUUCUCCCCAAGAUCUUCAACAUCCUAUGAUAUGCUAAAUGCACAAACAAUGCAAAUGGAUGAUACCACUUCAAUAUAGGGGUAAUGAGCCCAAAGUUUAAUUGAGCCAAAGACCUAAGUUGUCACCACACGUGCAUGUAUUUUACUGUAUGAAAGCCAAAAGUGAAGGAAUUCUGUAGGGUGGAUUUUCCAACAUGGUCUCAAAGGAAUCCGUGAAAUAGCCACGGAUUUGCUUAACUCAAAAUCCGUGGAAUAGCCACGGAAUCACUCAAAUUUCCGUGAAACUGACACAGAUUUUCGCUACAAUGCAAGUUAAUGGAUAUUUUUUCCUAUUGGUUUGUUCCAAGUCACGUGACUUUUAAGGUCCCGGCGGUCAGAACAAAAAACAUGGCGGACAGUUCUCUCAUUUUUUGUGAAAAAAUCAAUAUUUUGACUUAGUUUCUGCAUAAAAAUGGAUUUUGAUCACAUUUCUAGCGAGAAAUAUAUGUUUUAUUUUCUAAAUAUUCACUCAGUGAAUGUACAUAAUCACUUUGUAUGUUGGAAUAGCGAAAUCCGUGUUAGUUUCACGGAAAUUUGAGUUAUUCCGUGGCUAUUUUACAGAUUCCUGUGAGACCAGGUUCGGAUUUACAUAGUGAAUACACUGUACAUGUGUGCCUGUGAUUGUAUAAUGCCAUAAAGUAUUAAUUAUAUUCUGUAGAGAGGAAGAAGCCUUUUUUUUUUAGUGCUUGUCCCUCAAUGGAUAUUUCUGAUGCACUUUUUGUAUUGCUGAUUACCUUCUGAGGUUUUUGUGCCUUUGAUGUGAGAAUUCCCCAAGACAGUCAUUGUGCUGCUUGGCUUCCUUUUCUUGUCCUACUGUCCCGGUCUGGAUGGGUGUUUUUUCAUCUAUGUAACAAAACCACAGUGAUGUCUUGUAUCUUCAAGUGGAGGUUUUGAGCUGCAGUUAGAGAGGAUGAAGUUUUGUGAAUGUCUGAUUUGAUGAUUCAUGUGUACAGUGGAUCUCAUGGGUGAUAAUUGAAAAGGAAAAGGAUUCUGCUGAUCUUAUUACUGGUACUAUGUUAUAUUCGAGGGUGUCACUAGUACUUUUGUAAAAAAAUAAGAGUAUGUGAGUAUAGAAUAUAUCCUGGAAAUCAUCGAAGUAAGUAAGCUUGUGCAUGUUGAUGGGCAGUAAAUCAUGCGAUUGUUUAUUGGAAGAGCAAUUUCUUUUGGUUUCACCAUUGUGCCUUCUUGUAAAGAGCAGUGUAAUCCACGUGCAAUAAAUUUGCAUGAAAUAAACUGUGGGACCUGUCUAUAUGAUGAAUGACUUCAUCUGUCUGCCGAUAUUUAAAUUAAACUUUUGUAUGUUUUCAGAAGGA